AUAACAUAAAUCUUGCAUUUUUUUGUGCAUAUACAGCACAAGAAUGUGGCAUUGAAUUUUUUCGCUGUAAAUAACUUUUAAAAUGAAUAAAAAACAAUAUAUUAUUAAGGUUUUCAUCUGUACGAAAACAUAUAGUACCUGUAGGAAAUUAUAAAUAUUCAUUUUAAAAAUGCUAAUCGAGUAAAGUAUGAAGUACCAAAAACAUUUAUUACGAUAAAAUAUUUGGCUAAAUUUUACACUAUUUAGGCUGAAUAUCAUGAAUAGAAAUAAAAAAAUCGUGUUAUCUCACAAGCCGCCGUCGCCAUUCACGAUGCUGCCUUCGGUCUUCUUGCGCGCUUUGCCGGUGCGGUUCGGUUCCGCCGGGCUUUCACUGCUAAAACCUUGUGUUAUUAAUUGCACUGCAAGUCAGUUCUAUUGCAAAAUGGCUCUUCCCAAAGUCUUUUUCGAUGUUUCGGCCGACAACAAGCCCCUGGGCCGCAUAGUAAUGGAGCUGAGGUCCGACGUGGUGCCGAAGACGGCAGAGAACUUCCGUGCCCUGUGCACUGGAGAGAAGGGUUUCGGAUUCCAGGGCUGCGGCUUCCACCGUGUCAUCCCCAACUUCAUGUGUCAGGGCGGUGACUUCACCAAACACAACGGAACCGGAGGCAAAUCCAUCUACGGCAACAAGUUCGAGGACGAGAACUUCAUCCUGAAGCACACCGGCCCCGGCAUUCUGUCCAUGGCUAACGCCGGUCCCAACACCAAUGGCAGCCAGUUUUUCCUCUGUACGGUUAAGACCACCUGGCUAGAUGGAAAGCACGUGGUAUUCGGACAGGUUACCGAUGGCAUGGAUGUUGUGAAGAAAAUCGAAGGUUUCGGCACCCAGAGCGGAAAGCCGACCAAGAAGAUUCUGAUUGACAAGAGUGGUCAGCUGUGAGUCUGAGUCUGCACUGAAACCCGGCCGUCAAGUGCUAGGUCUGCGCUGAGGGCCGGCAUUGCAGUGCUGGGUUUGCGCUGAGGCCCUGCUUCUUGGAGCUGAGUCUGUACUGAAAGCCGGCUUUGCAGUGCUAGGUCUGCGCUGAAAGCCGGUUUAUCGAUGCUGAUUCUGCUCUGAAUACCGGCCAUCAGCGCCUGCCACUGCGCUGAAUACCGGCCUUCAGCGUUCACCACUGCACUGAAUUCCGGCCUCGCUGACCGCAAUGCUUGAGGUCCCACUCGGUCCAACCCUAUUAUACAGGCAUUCCCGCUUUGGGUUCUUCGUCCCCCUUCCCUUUCUCGGGGUUGGGACUGCGGCAUGUUCACUUUCUGAACUGCGUAUCGCUUGGAGUGACGCCGUCAGUGGGGUUUUGUGGAAGUUAACCGAAACUGUACUCACAUGUGUUAAUACAUUGGUAGAGACUGGUAUUA